UAGAGUCAGAAAGGGGUUGGGCUUUAUUUCUGAAGGGCAGGUGAUGGGAAGAAAGCAAAGACAGCAAGGGAUACAGUUAGACAAACAACAUACUGCACACCUGUCGGACUGCAUCUGACACUUCCAGGUACUUGUCCCUCGGAGCAAAAGGCAUUGAGGACAAAUUUCAGCUGGGAAAGAAAACAUAAACACAGGCUGACAUACGCAUUCUUCUCCUCAGGCUAUGGAAAUACUGUCUUCUUCCAAGGCACACUGAAACCUGUUGGAAGGUAUCUCCUGUUGUGCGUGGCUUUUCCAGUUAUAAGGGGGCAGCUAACCAGAAGUGUGCCGUUCUAGAACUGUCCGGAAGGCUUUCUUGAGCAACAUGGAUGAGACAAGUCACAGUUGGUGGAAACUCACCUUCCUGAGGAAAAAGAAAUCAACCCCCAAGGUCCUGUAUGAAAUCCCAGCAAAUUACUCAAACACAGAGAACCAGGCAAGCUCACAGGCAAAUGGGGAAGACAGUGAGUUCAAUAGCCGGCUGGAAAAAAUUGUAGAUAAGAGCACAAAAGGGAAACAUGUCAAGGUAUCCAACUCUGGACGCUUCAAGGAGAAGAAGAAAGUUCGAGCUACUCUAGCAGAGAAUCCAAAUCUGUUCCCAGAAAGUGUCAGUAACAAAGAAGAAAAAUAGUUUCUGAUGGAAAAAAAAUCAGACAGAUCUACUCCAUACUGAAUGGACAUGGUAGGUCAAAAGCUGCAAUGGCACAAAACUGAAUUAAAGAAAGAUAAGUUGUAUAGAUUAUGACCAUGAGUCAAUGCUGCACAUAGAAGACUUUCCUUAAAACACAUUGCAGCUUUCUUCACACUGCCAUUUCAUCAGAGCAAGAGAUGCAAAACAGCACGCAAUUCCUCGCUGACGUGACUGUCCAGAAAGUAACUUGACAGAAUGUCAGAUAGACUGAAGGUUAAACUGUCUUUUUAAAGGAUUUUUAUCUGACUAUGCCUAAAACUGUGUGUAAAAUGCAGUAUCACCUAUUGUGUUCUAAUCUCAGGCUAACAUCCUACAAGAUAUUCAUCACAAAUGGAAAGUUCUCAUUCCUUAAAUAUUCAGGGAUACAAACUGGCAUGUCCAAGAAUGUUGUUUAACCGAAACCAUUGCUCCGUAGUCUGAUGUAUGUAUCAAACCCAGUGCAAAACAGCAUUUCAUUCUCAUUGUAUAAAAUUAUGAUGAGGAGGGCUUCUUUUUUAGUUGACAUUUAUACCCAGCAGAACUACAUAUAAUGAAAUAUCAUGGCAUGAUCGUGGUCAUGAGUUUACUGCUGGCUUUGCAGGGAUUCAAAUCUGAUUCAUCUGUUUUGGAUGUCUGUGUUUAAUAGUCCAGUCAAAGACAUAGAUGUUUUAGCAAUGUGUGUGUGUGUUUAUGUAUCUUUGUGUGUCUGUGCACACGCACGCACACACACACACACACACACACACACACACACACACACACACACACACACACACACACACACACACACACACAUGCACAUGCAUUUCUGUAUGUAUGUGCCUGCAUGAAUAUGCUCUGAACACUUGACAAGUGCAUGACACCCCUGAUACAUUGUAUACUGCAAUGAAGAACAUACAUCUUAUACAAAUACACUGUAUUGGUUUUGCACACUUGCAAGGCUGGUGCUGCUCUGUGAAUGCCUCCUUAACUAUAUUUUGCUUGCUUUCAUCACAUUGUGUGAGAUUAUUGUAAUACACAUAUUUUCACUGAAGCUUUUCUUUCUAUUACAGAGUUCAGAGACUUCUUUUUAUCUGCUAGUCUUCCAAAAAAAAAAGAACACCUCCGUUAACAGAUGCAGGUUUAGAAAGCAAGUGUAAUCAUACCUUUUCACCUCAGAGGGGAAACUAAAGUACAUGAAAGAGGGCAAUACUACAAUACAGAAAGCAGUUCUGUUAAAUGUUAUUAAGUAUUUUGAACUUGUAUGUAUUUCCUCCACUAACCGCAGGGCAUGCUUAAACUUAGCAAAGGAGGUUGACAGAGAAAUGAUUAAGAAAGGUACUACAUCAGACAUUCAUCUCAACAGUUAUAGUAACAGAUGAAUGUCCACUUCCUGAAUUUGUUAUCUGUUAUAAGUAAUAAGGCUAACAUCAUCUGAUCAUCUGUACUGGUUAAAAUCUAGACACACUGCAGCUAUUAAACCUGUAAACGUUAGCCCUGUCAGCAGUCUGAUAGAGGCUAAAUGUGACACACACACAGACACACACACACACACACACACACACACACACACACACACACACACACACACACACACACACACACACAUACACUUACUUGGAAGAAAUUAGAAAUAAGGAGUGAUUUCUGCCCACGUUUCCUUCCAUACUGGUAUUUCCUUACUGCAGAAGGAGUCAUUACUGGGCACAUUGCGGGUAUUGCAAAGAGCACUUCUGGUUGACAUCAAAGACUGAAACAAUACUAAUUUCAUGAACUUUAAUCAUACUUUGACUUAGGAAUGGGGUCCAUUCCCAUCAUGGUAUUAGAAACCCAAAAGACUUGGAGAAAUUAAAAAAGUAUUUCAACAUGUGAUGAUAUAACAACACAUACGUGAACAUUAUGGGCAACAGGCUCUCUUUCAGCUGCUUGAUUUUAGGGAUGUGGCAGGAAGGCAGUGAAUAACGACUAAGCAGCAUGUGCUCUGAUUAUACAUUUAACCUCUGAGCAAUAUAGGUGCUAAGACAAACAUUUGACUAAUGGUGUGGGGUAUGAUUAGUCCUUGGAUAAUUUGGUGUGAACUAUCCAGGGAUGUCCAUAUACAGGAAGGACCCACGGUUGUCCAUAAGAUGCUCUGCUUUAACUUUAUUAGUGUGAUAUUCAAAGACAGCCUAAGAAAAACUUCACAAUUCAAAUAUGAUGUAAAGACCUCCAGCAAAUGAUCUGGUAGACAGGAUGCUGGCAGCAUCAUUGGAGGUGUCUCAUGAAACAGCAGAGUGGCAGCUGAAGAAAGUAUAAGGCAGUCUAUACUGAGGCAAUAAGACCAAUUAUAUUAUGUGCAAUUCACAGAGCAGUGUAACUGAACAAACAGCCACUUUAGCAGACUUACAUCAUAUGUAAUGUACCCAGAUUCUAUGGCCAGUUGUUUUACCUCCACAUUGUCCUUCUGUAGCUCACCAGUUCGUAAGUCUCUGAGAUGUUGCUACAUUCUGUUACCUGGCCUAGACAGCUUACCUGCACUCUGUCUUACUCAGCAACCAGGAGUAGGUAACAAGUCACUUUCUCUUGUUCUUUCUUUUGUUCUUUCUGCCUCUGCAAUGGAUUCAAACUGUCAGUUUAAUUUUUCUAAGUCUUCUGGGCUUCUAAUACUAUGAUGAAAAUGGACCCCAUUCCUAAGUCAAAACAUAAGUAAAGUUCAUGAAAUUAAUAUUAUUUCAGUCUCUGUUGUUAACCAAGGGUCUUUUUCUCUGCACACACAAUGUGCCCAGAGUUGCCUCUUUCUGCACUUCCUAAGCAGUUACAUUUGUUGGUAACUUAUUUAAGUAUGACUAUAAAUUCUUUUUUAUCACUCCUGUUGCUAUUACUAUUAUUAGAACUGUCUGGGUAUCUUUCUUCCACAUCGACUUUGUUUCUACCCACAAAUCCUGGUGUCUUAUGACUCUCUGUCUCUCUGUAUGUAAAACAUUGUAGUUACUGGGUGUAGCAAUUUCAGUGAUCAGUGCUAUUUUUGUCUUCU